AACUGUCAGUUAGUAUCGUCAUCGUUGCUAGUAAUAUUUGCAGUAAAUCGUGAAGUGAAGAAGGAAUAAUAACUGAAGAUGAAAGUAAGCAGUUUGUUAAAAGCACUUUUUGUGAUGGCCGCAAUGGAGACAAGGUUCGGGGCCUUUGCCAAUAAUGUGGAUGUGGAACAAAAUUCACAAGAAAGUGAACAUGUAAUUGGUCACGAUAGUCUUAAUAACAAGGAGAACAUUCUAAACAUUCAAGAUGAUUUUUCUGUCUAUGAAAACUUUCAGAUCUUGACUCAAGAAAAGACUGUUUACGUGACUUUAAGCCCUACUACAAUAUAUGUUACAGUAACCAAAACUGUCGGAACCACCACCACAGUUUAUCCAAACACACAUAUUCCGAUAGUUUUGAACUCACCUGUAGUUUCUACCGAAGCACCAACUCCAACAAAGAAGAUUGUAAGUAGCUCUGUUUUUGUUGUCACGACAGAAACAGCAGUUGUAACUUCAUUAACAACCACUACUGCUAUUCAAGUUCCUCCAACUGUUUCUCCAACUACUACUACUGCUCCAACUAGUACCGAUAAGGAAGAACCAGUUCCUUCGAAUGAUUUCGCCACCACCAGGGGUGAAUUGGAUAUGAUUUUGGGCGACCGUCAGAAAUACAUGGAAUUGCUUAACAAUACUACAACAGCCGCCGAAGCUGUGAAAACUGUUGAAUCUCCAGUUCAUGAAAGUUCUGCUCCGGUCUACGGUUCAGUAUUUUCCGUUUUAUCACAAAAAGAACCCGAAUCUACUACUGAGUAUGUUCCAGUAUCUACACCUGUCUUGACAACCCCGCUAACUUCAGCAGUGCCACCGUUAUCAACUGAGCCAUUUUCAACUGAAAUUUCAUCCGCCCCCGCAUCCGCAUCAUUAAUCCCAACCUCAUCAUCUGUGGCCUUGCCAUCAGCUUCAUCAGCUUCUGCAUCGACAUCAACCUCAUCCUCCCAUUUUCCAGUAAAAAGCUCACUUGUUAACCGCAAUGUCACAGGCCCUACUACUUCUGCUGACACAAAUCAACAGAAUGCAACAGGUUUGGAACAACUUUUGAAGAACUUCAGUCCUUACACGGACCUUCCUUCUGCCGACUACGAAUUUUCUAACGGAGGCAGCGGCAUCAAGGCCUUCACGGUCUUACAGGGUAUCGUGACCGUAAUGGCUGCACUCGUGGGUGCCACAAUGUAGGAGUUAUAGCAGUUAUACUUCUCUAGAAAAAAUGGUGUAAUUAAUUAGUAACAAAUGUCAUGAGAACCGAC